UCAUACGUCAUGUUGACAUGCGGACUGACAUGUAUUGACAUCGCGUGUUACGAAAAAUAAAUUAUGCAAAUUAAUUCAUUAUCAUUGUAAUAAUACAAAAUUAAAGACACAGUGUUACUAAAAUAUUAAAGCUUUAGCCCGCAGCGAAAUAAUAAUGGCGGAAAAAUACAUACUAACACUAGAUAUAGGAACUACUACGAUACGUUCUUUUAUAUAUAAUUCUAAAGCCGAAACUGUUGGAAGUGCUGUUGACCAGGUCAAAUUACACUAUCCAAGUCCGGGGUUUGUGGAAAUAGAUCCUGAGGAGCUAUGGAAAUCAGUAGUACAAGUUGUGUUAAUUUCAAUCAAAGAUGCCAAACUAUCGGCAGCACAAAUCACAGCGAUGGGAAUAUCCACACAGAGAAGCACAUUCAUCAAUUGGUCACGAGAGACGGGCAAACCAUUCCAUAGGUUCAUCACAUGGAAGGAUCUCAGAGCCGACAAACUGGUCAAUCAAUGGAAUGAAUCUUAUACUUGGAAGCUAUUCAAGGCCGGCGCAUACGUCUUGUAUUUAAUAAUGAGGAGUCAAAAGUUCCGAGCCGGAAGUGUCCUUAAAUUCAUGAACACACAGACUACAUUAAGGCUAAGCUGGGCGUUACAAAACAUCGCUCCGCUGAAAGAAGCUGCAAAAAGGGAUGACGUCAUGUUCGGGACACUGGAUACGUGGCUGUUGCACAAACUUACAGGAGGUAAAAUCCACGUUUCGGACGUCUCAUCAGCAUCAGCCACUGGUUUCUUCGACCCUUUCUGCAUGGAAUGGGGCGGUUGGGCGCUAUCCCUCUUCAAGAUACCGCGCAGCGUGCUACCCACCAUAGUGGACACGGCGGGCAAGCACUUCGGGACCACUACGCCUGAUAUAUGGGGCCAUGCGAUACCUAUCAUAAGCUGUAUGGCCGACCAAACAGCGUCAAUGUGGGGUUCCUGCUGCUUCGAAGUCGGAGACGUGAAGCUCACCAUGGGCACGGGUACCUUCUUUAACAUAAACACGGGUUCCGUGCCCCACGCCAACGUGGCCGGUCUGUACCCCAUCGUGGGCUGGAGGCUGGGGGAUGAGCUGGUGUACUCCGCUGAGGGCUCCAACAACGAUACUGCCUCUAUUAUCAAGUGGGCACAGAACUUAGGUCUUUUUGAGAACCCUCAGGACUCGGCAAGCAUUGCUGAAUCAGUCCCAGACACCGAUGGAGUCUACUUUAUUCCGGCAUUCAGUGGAUUAGGGGCGCCAUACAACGACGGCUCAGCGGCAUCGGGCUUCGUUGGCAUGAAGCCCUCAACAACUAAAGCGCACUUAGUGAGGGCAGUGUUGGAGUCCCUCGCGUUCCGGAUAGCGCAGCUGUAUUACUGUGUGCGCGAGGAGAACAACUAUCAGUUCAACAUUAUCAGAGUGGACGGCGGCGUCUCCAACAACGAUUUCAUCGCACAGCUGGUGGCGGACCUGACCGGGCUCCGUGUAGAGCGGCCCGUGCACACAGAGAUGUCCUCACUCGGCUGCGCUCAUGUCGUAGGCCUGCAACUAGGUAUAUGGAAAUCCAAAGCGGAGCUAAAAUCAAUGCGCAAAGUCGCCUGCGUAUUCAAUCCACGGCCGCACGUCAAAAAAGCAUAUGACGUCACUUUCAACCGCUGGGAGGACGCGGUCAAACGCAUGUGCGGUUGGUACACAGCUAACAAGUCUCAACAGAGUCUCUCCACAGUCUCAGACUCGAGUAGCAGUUCAGUGACCCCACAAAACAGCUUUAAGGUACCCUCAAGAAGAAACGGUAAGUACACAUAGCGGUGGCUUUUCUACUUGCUGGCGCUGCUCGUCGCGUGCCUGCCUAUAAUUAGGUGAUAUAUAUCUUGCCCUGAUGUUUUUAGAUUGAUUCGUGAAGAUACACUCAACAGUGAUAACCCUAUUACUUUAUAGGAAGCAUUCCACGAAAUGGUUUAGCGUUGCCCCGUAAACACGUGUAAUAUCUGAAGAUUUAAACUGCAAAACGUAAUUCAAGACCAAUAACAGUAAGACAAUGUUGCCACUGCAAUAAUUUGUCUGUAAAAUAGUAAAUUCCUUUUGAUAAAUAAUCAUGCUAAGAUAAUUUAUUUAUUAGUAAUUUUACUCCUACGAUAUAAAAAAGUACUUUUAUUUACUUAUUUUUACAUAAAUACAAGACGCGCUAGUAAAAAGUGGCAACAUUUUCUUACUAUUUUUGGUGUUGAAUUACGUUUUGCAGUAUAGGUAUAGGAGUGUCUCUUUCUGUGACAAUGAAAGAUAUAACAUAAAGAAAUAUGCUCAGAAAAUAAUCAUCGACUUAUAACACUGAAAAAAAAUAUGUAAUAAAACGCACGGGGCUACACGUGGAAUAGCUUCAUAGUUAGAUUUUUUUAAGAUGUGCGUAUUUUGUUUAUAAAAUUCAGACAGAGUAAAAAAUUCUGACUAUACCUACUAGUUUCUUAGGUGUAGCGUAGUGUGCAGUGUAAGCUUACAUAAAAAGGGUCAUGCCAGAGUUCGCUGUUUUUAUACGUAGCUUAUAAGUGUUUUGAGGUUAUAAUAUAAGAAUACAAUACAGAAUACAGGCAAUUAUCAGCAGCAGUACCAUUUAAUCCUGUAUCUAAGUUUUUUUGUUAAUUAAGCCUGUUCAUUUAAAAUUGUAGCGAUGGUUAGAGGCCGUCUUUAAUGUGAUAAUCAAUAUCAAACGUUUAAGUGGCGUCUGAAAAUGCACAGAUUAAGUAAAAUACAUUAUGUGUAAUGUAAGUUAGCGUAAACUUAAAUGAAAAUGCCCAUAUAUGUUUAAUUAUUAAUUAUGAAUGACUGAAUGUUCGCUGUUCUCGAGUUUCUCACUAUUAUUGUAAAUAUUGAGAAAAUUAAUGGAUAAAUAAUCUUCACAAAAACUAGGUUGUAUUGAGCUAGAUUUUAACUCUAAAAAUGCAGCUAAACAUAAGUCACUGAUAGAGAAAUGGGAGUUGAUUGUGUCUUAGUGGCCCUUUUUAACGGAUUUACCAAUGUCCGUAAAGUAAAUAAAUAAACCGGCGGUCGGCAACCUUUUAGCAGCCAAGGGCCACAUAGCUGCAUUAAUCGAUCCCAUUUAUCUAAAAAAACCGGGCAAGUGCGAGUCGGACUCGCGCACGAAGGGUUCCGUACCAUAAUGCAAAAAAAAAGCAAAAAAAUACUGAUUUAAACUUUCACGAUUAUUAAACAUUAUCAAACUGCACAACGGGACUUAAUCGCGUAUUUAAGUUUUAAGAUUUACCUCCGACGUUUCGAGGACGGCGUUGUCCCCGUGGUCUCGGAGAAGACUGGCUCAAGUUGACAUCAACAUCUUCUAGCCGCGCGAGUUUUUCGAACUACCCGCACUUGGUCUUGUUUAUCAGUUUGAACGUUUUGCGCACUAGGGAUGUCACUCUGUCG